UGCACAAGCUCGCGAUGAAGAAAAGUCCGGGUCUCUCUGACUGUCUUUGGGCCUGGACCCUCCUUCUGAGCACAUUGACUGGAAGAAGUUCUGGACAAACCUCGCUGCAGGAUGAACUGAAAGACAACACCACCGUCUUCACCAGGAUUCUGGACCGACUUCUGGACGGUUAUGACAACCGCCUGAGACCAGGAUUAGGAGAGCGUGUAACCGAAGUGAAGACUGACAUCUUCGUCACCAGUUUUGGACCAGUUUCAGAUCAUGAUAUGGAAUAUACAAUAGAUGUAUUUUUCCGGCAAAGCUGGAAGGAUGAAAGGUUAAAAUUUAAAGGACCCAUGACAGUUCUUCGGUUAAAUAACUUAAUGGCAAGUAAAAUCUGGACUCCAGAUACAUUUUUUCACAAUGGAAAGAAGUCAGUGGCCCACAACAUGACCAUGCCUAACAAACUCCUGCGUAUCACAGAGGAUGGCACUUUGUUGUACACCAUGAGGCUGACGGUGCGUGCCGAGUGUCCCAUGCACUUGGAGGAUUUCCCCAUGGAUGCUCAUGCCUGUCCACUAAAAUUUGGAAGCUAUGCUUAUACAAGAGCAGAAGUUGUUUAUGAAUGGACCAGAGAGCCAGCACGUUCAGUAGUUGUAGCAGAAGAUGGGUCCCGUCUCAACCAAUACGACCUUCUGGGACAAACUGUGGACUCUGGUAUUGUUCAGUCAAGUACAGGAGAAUAUGUUGUGAUGACUACUCACUUCCACUUGAAGAGAAAGAUUGGCUAUUUUGUUAUUCAAACUUACCUGCCUUGCAUAAUGACCGUUAUUCUCUCUCAAGUGUCAUUCUGGCUCAACAGAGAGUCUGUACCAGCAAGAACUGUCUUUGGAGUAACAACUGUGCUGACCAUGACAACCUUGAGUAUCAGUGCCCGAAAUUCCCUCCCGAAGGUGGCCUACGCCACAGCCAUGGAUUGGUUUAUCGCUGUGUGCUAUGCCUUCGUAUUCUCAGCUCUGAUUGAGUUUGCCACCGUAAAUUAUUUCACCAAGAGAGGCUACGCUUGGGAUGGCAAAAGCGUGGUGCCAGAAAAGCCAAAGAAAGUGAAAGAUCCUCUUAUUAAGAAAAACAACACUUAUGCUCCAACUGCAACCAGCUAUACCCCUAACUUGGCCCGGGGUGACCCUGGCUUAGCCACCAUUGCUAAAAGUGCAACCAUCGAACCAAAAGAAGUCAAGCCUGAAACUAAACCACCAGAACCCAAGAAAACCUUUAAUAGUGUCAGCAAAAUUGACCGACUGUCAAGAAUAGCUUUCCCACUGCUAUUUGGAAUUUUUAAUUUAGUCUAUUGGGCUACAUAUUUAAACAGAGAGCCUCAGCUAAAAGCCCCUACUCCGCAUCAAUAGGUACUUUUAGUCAUAUUCUAUUGUUCAGUCCUCUGCACUGGGAAUUGCUUUCUGUUCUCAAUGCAGCAAUUCCCAUCCGCUUUGUUUCCUCUGUCUUAAAGAAUGUGAAGGUUUCCUUAUUUCCAUAAAUAAAAGAACAAGAGACCCCUGUCUGGUAGUCCCGAGAAGAGCAGAGAACACCACUGAGAGACAGGAUUCUGAGAGGAGGGAAGAGGAGAGCAAAUCCCAUCAGAAGGAGACAUAGAGAGGAAAGGAGAGGGAAGAAGGGUCGACAAAACAAGUACAAGAAAAAGAAAACUUACAAUAAUCCCUAGGUCAGUUGUAGAUAUAUAUUUCCAAGUAUUCUUUUAAAAAAGACACUGUAUAUGUCAAAAUAUUUUUAUGUGAGGAUUUUAAGAGAAUAAAAUCUAAAUGUUUAAUGAAGAAAAAGAAAAAAUCUAUGUAUUUCUUGCACAGACGAUGGUGUGCUUAUUCUUUUUUUCCCUUUAAAAUGAUGUUUAGCUUUAACAUUUUGUUUCCAAAGUUCAAAGAAAAUACCCAUACUUUUAUCUGUUUUAAAAUGCCUAAUACGAUUAUUUUGUUGUUAAAUGCCAUUUUAAAUUUCAUGGAAUUUCCAUAUGCAAAGGUGCAGCCCAUCACUGUAGAGCACAUUUUAACAAAAUGGACAGAUAUGCUUUACAUAGGCAUUUUUCACUGUCUCUUGAGCUUUUACCACUGGUCUCCCUGAUCAGUUGUUUUAACAAAGACAUACCUUCAAUAACAAUUAAUGUAAUAACAUAAGUUAAAAUACUCUAUAAAAACCUUUUAAAAUUCCUUUUGUCAUCUUAUUUCUAGUUAGUACAUGGGUCCAGUAACCACGUGAUUCCUACUAUGAAGAUGUUUUCAGAAGGGCAAAAUAUUUUGCAAACUCUAGAAUUGUUGAAUGUAUUCUUUUAUAUACAAUACAUUAAAAGUUUUAGAUUAAAAUUUAUGACUAGCAAAUAAAAAAUAGAAUCUAUAAAUUAAAUAUGUAAAUAUACAGCAUGAGAUUGUACAUUUUUAACUUUUUAUUUGUUUGUUUAUUAAAUUGUGUUCUUAAAAUAUUGUGCAAGACUCACCGCUAUUAGCUGUUAGAAUGUUGUUAAAUGCUGUGGAAAUACAUUUAGAGCCUGCAUUUAAGAACAGAACAGCCCGUAAUUGUCAGAAGGAACUUAAAAUAUAUGAGCAUAAAGCCACUUGCAUAAAAAAAGCUUCUCAUUUCAAACUGGUGUCCAGUAGUAUAUCAGUUGCUAUCUACUCAAGUCAUGCAGCAUCUCUCGACUUUACGUUAUUUAAUAUGGAAAGAAAAUGGAGAAGCAUUUGUUGGAGAAUAUUAACUGUAUAUUACUGCUCUAUUUGCCAAUACUGUUUCAAUAAGCAGUGUAACAUAUGUAGCAUUAAAUAUUAAAAAAUCACAUGAAAGUAUGUACAGAUAAUAGCUUUUGAGUAAUAUUAUUACAUUUCAUUUAUACUGCAGCAAUAUACUCGUAGGUAAACUAUGUAAGGGCUUUAAAUAUAAGAGGUCCAUUAAUACUCCCUAUGAAAAAUUCUGUCUCAUUCUGCCCAGGUGUUUUAGAGAUAACUAUUUAUGCAGAAAGUAUUUUUUGAAGUCUCCUUUUGUCUGAUAGAGCUAAACAGAUAUUUAGAUUUAGCAUUCAGAAUCCAAGGUCAUGGUGUACACAUGUUUAGAACAUUAUGAUAUAAACCUCUUAGCAUAAUUACCAAAUAAGACAGUUGGGAUCCAUACUUAUGGUUUAAGCAAUUUUCUAUUUUCCUCUCAAAAAGCUGCUAUCCAAUGAUAGAGGACAAUAUACCAUUUGUGUUUUCUUAAACAAACUCAUUUUUCUUUUAAAUGUUUUGUUGCUUGAUUUGGUUCUGCCUAAGGUUAUAAAAUUAAGACAAUAAAGGCUGAAUCAGGAAUGGUUCAUCCUCUCGUACCAUGUGUAGAUAUUAUGUAUAGAAAAUAAAAUAAAAUACGGCUCUAAAUUCUGUGUUGCUGUUGAUCUUGUUCUUUUCCGGCGUUAACCUGAUGUGUUAUUGAGCGCAUAUCUCCCAAACUCUUCCUGGCUAGCUUUUAGUCGGUAUUCUGAACAUUAGAUGUGAAUAUUUUUUCUUAGUCUGCUUUCUGCUAUGCAAAAACUGCAUAUCUAUCAUCUCUCAGUUUGUUAGUAUAUGUGAAUAGCAUUCUAUUGUAUAAAUUGAUUGCACCGUUUAUCAAAGACCAAUUAUCUAUGUAGCUUUUCUACAGUGCUUUGCUAAACCAUGUGAUAGAAGAGACAUCUUCCUUGAGAAUAAAGAUUCUCUUAUAGAGGACAGUUCCUGGUUACAACCAGAUUUUCUUUCAAAGAUGACACUGAAUGUUUAUUGCACUUUGGUGCAGUGAAGUGGCAAUAAAACCAAACAUGAAUUGAGGUGGUUUAUGGCAGAUGCAUGUAUUGCUCUACUGAGUUUAGCAAAAGCUCUUAAUUUUAUGUCAUAUUGUAUUCUAUUAUAAUAAUAAAGCCAACAUGAUUCAAUUGCAAA